CGCCUGUUAAACGCCAUCACUGGGCAGUUUGAUGAGUGCUUUGACCAUCAGCGAGUACGCUAUGUCAUCCUAUCCCACGUCUGGGCAACCAGGGAGGCCACGUAUCAGGACGUCUUGGAGACACAGAAGGUUUCUGGGCUCAACGUCGUGUCUCGCUUGCCCGACAAGCUUCGCGGCUUGUGCAAUGCUGCGCAGAACGCCGGAUACGACUUCGUCUGGGCCGAUACUUGCUGCAUUGACAGAACAAACUCUGACGAAAUCUCGGACUCUAUAACAUCCAUGUAUUCCUGGUAUCGCGAGGCCGAUCAGUGCUUCGCGUAUCUUCACGACGUUCCCAGCCCCUUAAUGUCCUCCGAUGACCCAUACGCGCUGUUCCGCCAAAGCAUUUGGUGGUCCAGAGGAUGGACGCUACCCGAACUCCUAGCCCCUAACGAGGUAACCUUUCUGUCCUCUACUUGGCUAGCGAUCGGCACGAGAACAGAGCUUGCGACGCUCAUCCAGGCCAUCACCUCUAUCGAUAGCAAAGUCCUGAUUUCCCCGAGAGUCCCACUGGAGGCGAUGAGCGUUGCAACGCGCAUGUCAUGGGCCGCGUCCAGGAAAACGAGAUUCGUAGAGGAUGGCGCCUACUGCCUCAUGGGCAUCUUUGGUGUCAUCAUGCAGCCGAACUAUGGAGAGAGGUACAGCGCCUUCUUCCGCCUUCAGGAGUUGAUCCUUGCCAAGGAGCGGCCCGAUCCAACCCUCCUUUGCUGG